UGAAUGGGUACAGAAAGGGGGAAAGAGAAGUAAAGAAGAGAGGGGAAGAUGAUGGUGAGAUGGAGGCUGGUAUGGUUAAUGAGCAGAAAAGGUACUGGAAGAUCAGUCUGCAGUGGGAGCAAUGUCCCAGUUGGAUUCGAUAUCUGGCUCCAGCAGCAGCAUUGUGGCUUGUGAUUCAGGAAAAGAUGCACCUUGUUGAGGUUGGAGGCUGGCUGCUGCUGGCUGGGAUGCUGUGGACAGGCAUUAUCUUCUGUGUUUCUUUAGUGAAGUUCCUUUACCAAUACAGAAAGCAAUAUAAGCAGAAGAAGGUCUCAGAGACAAGUGAGAUUGUUGAGAAAAGGACUGGCCAACCUCAUCAGGUGUGUCUCAUCAGUAAGCAAGAUGCAGUUCAUCUGCUAUCUAUGGUGAGGGUUCUACUGGAUGGCUUGGUAGUCUCUCUUCUCCAGGAACCACUGUCAGAUCCAAGGGUUUCCCAGAUACAAGGCCUCCUCAACAAGCUGGAGGCAGUGUAUCAAUUAAUAAUAGUAGCAGUAAACAAUAGUUUCCUUAUCGAGGACCGACUGCUGCCGGCCAACAAUAAGGAGGACAAAGUGAUCAAGACUAGAGUAGAAGACAGGGUGAAACAUAUUUGCACUUACCUGCAAGAGAGGGUGAGUGCCCUGCACUUUCUCCUUCAGACCCAGGAUCAGUAUGGGGUAUGCAUAGCUAAUGUUCAGCAGGAGUUGCAGGGGUACUGGGAGCUGCUAGAGGAUCUGCACAACAAAGUGACCCUGCAGCCAGAAAAGUGUCAGGGCUAUGAGGAUCCUCACACUGUCCUCACUGAAACUGAGGGCUUGUACACAAAACUGGGUCUGUUUCAGUGUAGGAUUCAUGAGUGUCAGGUGCACCUGAGCACAAGUACACAUCUUCUUGAGGAACUGGAAAAUAGGCAGCAGGAUCUGGCUCAGACUAUUGGCCUAACGCUGGAGUCUACUUGGACCAAAGACCUUCUGCAGUGUAACACCCACCAGUUUAAAAAAGUCUUCAAGGAUUUCACAUGCCUGGAGCAACAGACUCUGACCUUUGUGAUGCAUCUGCAAGACCUAAGUGUGACACACGAAAAGAAUAGCAUUAAAAUUUCUGAUGUUGAACACGUGCAGCGCUCUUUAUCGUCUCCCUCAUCACUUCCUGUGUACAGAACUUCUCUGGCCACAGGAAAUACCCCCUUGGACCCUGACCCAAGACCCACACUUACACCCAGCUCCAAAUUCUCAGUGAUAAACUUGCUUUGUGGGCUGAGACAACGGAGGUGAAUUGUUUAACACUUUAUAAAUUAAUGAAAGACAUGAUUGUAAAAUGACUAUGAAAAUGUUCUAAAUGGCUGUAAAUCAAUGCUUCAUUUAUGAGUUAUGUGAGGCCCAGUUCAUAUAUGUGCUGCCCAUGCUUGCUGGUCACUAACGAUGAAACUGACCCUAAUUAAAGGACAAACGGUCCAGUUCUCCUCUAUCAUUCAUUCACUAUGAUAACGACUCAUCAGUUUGAAUUGAUGCAGCCACUAGAUUUGCAUGUUUGUAAUGUAACUUUUGCUGUACCAGUUUCAAAUAAGAAAAUGCAUAAAUAUUUAACACCAGAUAAAGUAAACUACUUGUCAACUUAUUGAUUCACAGUAAACAUUAUUUUUCUCCUUAGUCUUUCUAGGAAUUUCCAAAAAAGUACAUUAUAUGGCCAAAAGUUUGUGGACACAUGACCAUCACACCCAUAUGUCUUUCUUCCUCAAAAUUUUAUGGCAAAAUUGGAAGCACAGAAUUAUGUACAAUGUCUUUUCCCACCACUCAAACUAAGGGGCCUAGCCCAAACAUAUUCCAGCAUGACAAUGUCCCUGUGCACAAAGCAAGGCCCAUGAUGGCAUUGUUUGAAAAGGUUAGUGUGGAAGAAAUCUAGCUGCUUGCACAAAGCCCUGACCUCAACCCACUGAAGAAUUUUGUGAUAAUCUGGAAUGCUGACUGUACCUCAGGCCUCCUCAGCCAACAGCAGUGCCUGGCCUCACUGAUACUCUUCUGGCUGAAUGAGCACAAAUUCCCACAACCAUGCUCUAAAACUUAGUGGAAGCUGCUUAAACUACAUAUCAAGCAUUUAUGUAACACAAGUGCUUUGUGCAUUAAUGGCUGUUAUAUUAAAUAAAGUUAAUUAAUUAAAGCAAAGCAAGUAUACUUUACCUGUGCACACCAUUGUUGACUCAUCUCUCCUCAGAUAUAAUGCUGCUAUGGCGGUCCUGCGUGCAAUUCUCCGAUAUUGGAUCCGAUAUUACAAGACCCAUAUCCGAUUAUGGAAAAAUACUUAAAUAUUGGGAAAAAUAUUGGUAAAACUAUUUAUGUCAAUCUCUAGUACUUUUCCAUAUGGCUAUACACACACACACACACACACACACACACACACACACACACACACAAAAAUGGGUUUCCAUGUUUUAUGGGGAAUUUCCAUAAUUAUUUGUAUACUGUACAAACUGUAUUUUCCAUCCCCUAAACCUAUCCAUCACCUAAACAUCACAAAAAUGCAUUUUUACAUUUCAAAAAUGUAGAAUGUAGGUUUAGUAAGAUUUAUAAGCUGGUUUCCUCAUGGGGACCAAAAAUUUCUGGUAUUGAUAGUAAUAACACACACAUUCACACACAGAGUACUCACAUAGUAGAAAGAAUUGGGUCACUCUGUUUGUGUCUAUAAGUGUUGAACAUCCAAAAUAUUUUCAGAAAAUAAUGCUUAAGCACCAAGGAGAUAAGAUAUACAGUAGUAGCAUCUGUCUGUUACAUGAACUGCUGAAUUUAUGUACAAAAAAGCUCACAAUUACCCCCAAAAUACACACUGCAAUUAGAUAUAGCAAGCAUCAGGCAGACAAGGAAUGUUGACAGUCUAUGGUUACAUCUAAUCAUCCAAUUACCAACAUUAUCUUAAUUACAAAUCCUCAUUUUCAUAACUGUACGUUAAAAUCAACUAACAGUUUAAGUUACCAGUUUGAUCAUUGCUAGCCCUACUCUGAACUGAAGUAACUGAGCUAGCUAAUUGAUUUCAAGUUGCUUAAUGUUAACUUGCUGAACACUGACAGCUGUAGCCUACUUAAAUACAUGAGCUAAAAAUUUGUAUAUUGUAACAUACACAGUGCACGGUAUAUGCGUGUAUUACUAGCACAGAUGUAAGUGUAAAAAUUGUUAUGCUAAAUUGCAAACCGAUCUCUCUAAUCUGAUUCACUGGUAGUGUAAUGAUAGCACAGGGAUAUGUAUGGUUAUAUUUGGUAAUACAGAGAGUACUGUAUAUACUGUUAGUUAUAUGCGUAGCUAAUAGGGACAGUGCGGUGGUAAAUCAGCAGAGAUACAGAGAUGAAGUUGUGGGAGCACUGAUGGUGUUAAUAAAAGGAACUAAACGGAGCCACACGUGUAUCGCCUUUAUUUAUUGUGACCAUCCUAACGUUAUAGGUAGUCCAUUGAAGCCUUAUUAACUCACACAGUGCCUCAUAAAAGUUAUUCAGCAAACAAACCUGAUGCUAAACCUUAAAAACUUAGUUAAAAUAUGAUU